AUAAUAAUAAUUCGUUUGUUGAUAAAAUUUUUUCUUUUUAAAUAUUAGUAGCAAUUUUUAUAAUGGAUUAUAUUGUCUUAUAGCUAAAACAUUGUGCAUUCACAGCGUAUGUGUUUGUAUAAAUGAAUCAUUUGUAUUAUAUCAGGAAUUAAGAUACUGUACGCGUGUUACUUAAAAUAGUAAAUAUUUAUAAUGUCAUUGCAAAAAGUUAUGCAUCCUAGAAAUAUAUAUAAAGAGAAUCCUGAUUUUAAACAACUUGCUCUAUUGUAUCCAGAGUUUCGCAAAGUUGCAACUACGGACCUCGGAGGAAAAGUGCAUAUCGAUUUUAAAAAUGAAGAAACUUUGCGUAUUCUUACUAAAAUAUUGUUAAAACAUGAUUUUAAUUUGACUGUAAAGAUACCACCAAAUAAGUUAGUACCAACUAUACCUUUGCGUUUAAAUUAUGUUUUAUGGAUUGAAGAUUUGAUGGCGUAUGCCUUUUUUACAGAAAUGAAAAAUAUUAAAGGGAUUGAUAUCGGAACUGGAGCAGUUUGUAUAUAUCCCUUGUUGCUCGCAAAGAUGUACGGGUAUUCUAUGUUUGGAACAGAAAUUAAUGAAACGAGUAUAGAGUCAGCAAUAGAGAAUGUGAAAAAUAAUACUUUAGAAAAUCUGAUAAAAGUUAUCAAAGUGGAUAAAGAAAACAUUUUUAAAGAAGUGAUAAAUGAAAAUGAACAUUUUCAUUUUACAAUGUGUAAUCCUCCGUUCUUUGAGACUCAAGGUAACUUGGAUAAAGUAAUAAAACAACGCCCACCAAGAAAUGCUCCUACUGGCAGUAAUGAGGAACUCAGUGUUGAGGGAGGUGAAACAUUAUUUGUAACAAGAAUGAUUGAAGAAAGUAUACAAAUAGGCGAAAAGAUUAAAAUAUAUACUACUAUGCUAGGAAAAAGAAAAAAUUCCCUUUACUUUCCCAAAUUUUUAAGAAAACAUGGGAUCAAAAAUUUUACAUGGACAGAAUUUUGUCAAGGAUACACUAAACGGUGGGGUAUAGCAUGGUCUUUUUUGUCAAUGGACAUAUGCAAUCUGAGAAAAGCACCUGUUGUAAGAGAAAGCAACAUUCCAAACAUAUUUACGAAACGCAAUUCUUUAGAAAUUCAAUUUCCCAUGGGAGAUAAAUAUGUGCUUAUCGACGACAUUGUUGCGAAGUUAAAAAAAAUAAUAGCCGAUUUACAGAUGAACAUAAUAGAGCUAGAAAAGGAUCAAGUAAAAAGAAAGGAAUCGACCAAAUGGGUAUGUCAACUUACAGCAAGGAAUGAUACAUGGUCCCAUGCACGCAGAAAACGCCGUUUAGCUGAAAGGCUUAAUAAAGAUUGCAAGAAAAUCAAAUUAGAAAGUACUGUUGUUACAGAACAAACUAAUACAGAAUCUGAAGUUGGAACAAUACAACCUUCCGACGUAAAAGAUGAAGAUAUGCAAUUAGUCUUUAAAAAAGAUACAGAAAUAUCCGAUCAUAAAGAUCUCUAUUUAGUUUUUGUUUUGUUUCUUAAUUUAUUAAAGGAUAAGAAAUAUCCUGAAGAAAAUAAUGUCAACAUUUGUUUAUUUUUCGAAAGUGGAACUGGUGGGAAACAUGCAUUGGAAAGAUUUAGGCAAUACUUGGUAAACAAAUUAAACGUACGAGUACAUUUUGAACAAUUUUGUUCUAGUAAAUGGAAUAAGAAUAGAAACAAGAGAUAUAAAAAAGCAAAGAAAAAAUCUUCCUGUGAAUUAAAUAAUGCACAUGGAGAAGAAGAAAAAGAAAAGAAAGUUGAUAUUUUGCCAGCCGAGAACGGUGCAUCCGAAAACGGUGCAACCGAAAACGGUGCAACCGAGAACGAUGCAGUCGAGAACGGUGCAACCGAGAACGAUGCAGUCGAGAACGGUGCAACCGAGAACGAUGCAGUCGAGAACGGUGCACCCGAGGACAGUGCAGCGAAUUUGUCUUAAAUUAUUUUUUACUUUUAUAUAUAACAAUGAGAGACAACGUAUUUCACACAAUAAUUUUAUCAGCGCAUACAAAAAAUAUGUCUAAAUCAAGUAUUUAACUUUAUUUAUAAUCAAAUACUUAUAGACUAAUGUUUCUUUAUCAUACAAUUUCCGUUUUAUCAGUUUUAUACGUUUUGUAGCGGGCGGAGGGGGGAAGUGUAUAAACCUGUUCUUUUUUUUUUUUUAAACGACAUAUGGUAUGAUUACAAUAAUAAAUCACUCAUUCAGUUCUUUUACUAUUAUUAAUAAUAAACAUAACACUUUAUGCAUCUAAAGGCUAUUUUUAUAUUUACUAUUUAUAUUGCAUUUAAAACAGUCUGUUUUGGUUUCUUUUUUAAUGAUAUAUUUUCUAAUAUUUUUGAAGCUAAUCCGAUUCAAUCGUAAUGAUUCUAAAAACAAAGCUGAAAUAUGAUACUUGUAUAUAUAUUUGUUUUUUUUUAAGAGUCAAAUAUUCGAUCAACGUGAUACAGAAGAACAAAAAAA